CGUGCCGACCAGCGGUUGUUUCCUGAUUUCCUGCCUAUACUGCCCCCAGGGGAUGUCUGGAUGGUGAAGGUAUCAGGUCACUUACCCGCCCAUCCUGUCACCUGGUCAGUCUCUUUUCUCCGGGUAUCAGCCACUUCUUCCAUACAGGACUAUGUUUCUCCAAUCCAGGAUCCUCUGCUGAUAUCUUCUAUAUAAGAGAAUUCUCCUGGAUGACCCAUCAACCAUGGAGAGAGCCAGGAACAAGAUGGCCGACAGGAUCAUAAACCUCACCCUACAGAUACUCCUCCGGCUUACUGGAGAGGAUUACACAGUAGUGAAGAAGUCCUCUAGUGGGCGCUGUCGGGCCCCUGUGUGUGAAGGAUGGGGAGGAACCCUGAGCUCAAUCCCAUGGCCCCCACCUCACUCCCUGAUACAUGAGGAAAUGGAUGAACAGAAGAUCCGAGAACUCAUCAACAAGAUGAUGGAGCUGCUGACUGGAGAGGUUCCUAUAAGGUGUCAGGACGUGGCGGUCUAUUUCUCCAUGGAGGAGUGGGAGUAUGUAGAAGGACACAAGGAUCAGUACAAGGAUCAGGUCAUGAUGGAGGAUCAGCAGCCCCUCACAUCACCAGUCAGAUCCAGUAAGAGAACAGCACCAGAGAGGUGUCCCCGUCCUCUUCUUCCACAGGAUGAUCAGGGUGAAGAUCCGAACAAUAUUAAUGCUCCAGACACAGUUGUGAGCGGUGAUGAGCAGUAUAAGGAGGACAUUCCUACAGGGAAAGAUCUGAACAAUAUUAAUGCUACAGAUAUGAAGGAAGAAGAAGAGACAGAUGUAAGCGGUGAUGAGCAGUAUAAUGAGGACAUUCCUACAGGGAAAGAUCUGAACAAUGUUAAUGCUACAGACAUAAAGGAAGAAGAAGAGACAGAUGUGAGCAGUGAUGAGCAGUAUAUGGAGGACAUUCCUACAGGUAACCGCCCAGAUUCUUGUAGCAGGAGAUCAGAGGAGAAUCUUAUAUCUUCAGAUUAUAAAGCAGAUGAUGAUAUCACACAAGAUACAUAUGAAGAACAUUCCAUUAUCCCAGAUACACCCUCAGCCCUUCACAGCCAAGAUCUGUCAUCUCAUCCUUAUAUACAGGUCCUGUCUUCUCAGUCAUCACAGGAUGUUCAGCAAAAUAAAGGUCACAGAAGGGGUGUUGGACAUCAACGAGCUCAUACAGGAAAGAAACCAUAUUCAUGCUUAGAAUGUGGGAAAUGUUUUACUGACAAAUCACAUCUUGUUCAACAUAAAAGAACUCACACAGGGGAGAAGCCAUUUUCAUGUUCAGAAUGUGAGAAAUGUUUUAAUACAAAAUCAAAUCUUAUUCAACAUAAAAUAACUCACACAGGAGAGAAACCAUUUUCAUGUUCAGAAUGUGGUAAAUGUUUUGCUCUGAAAUCAAUUAUUGUUCAACAUCAAAGAACUCACACAGGAGAGAAGCCAUUUUUAUGUUCAGAAUGUGGUAAAUGUUUUACUCAGCAAUCAAAUCUUGUUAAACAUCAAAGAACUCACACAGGAGAGAAGCCAUUUUCAUGUUCAGAAUGUGGGAAAUGUUUUACUCAGCAAUCAAAUCUUGUUAAACAUCAAAGAACUCACACAGAAGAGAAGCCAUUUUCAUGUUUACAAUGUGGGAAAUGUUUUACUCGGAAAUUAAGUCUUAUCGGACAUCAAAGAACUCACACAGGGGAGAAGCCAUUUUCAUGCUCAGAAUGUGGGAAAUGUUUUAUCCUGAAAUCAAUUCUUGCUGUACAUCAAAGAACUCACACAGGGGAGAAGCCAUUUUCAUGUUCCGAAUGUGGGAAAUGUUAUACUGGGAAAUCAAAUCUUGUUCAACAUCAAAGAACUCACACAGGGGAGAAGCCAUUUUCAUGUGCAGAAUGUGGGAAAUGUUAUACUGGGAAAUCAAAUCUUGUUCAACAUCAAAGAACUCACACAGGGGAGAAGCCAUUUUAAUGUGCAGAAUGUGGGAAAUGUUAUACUGGGAAAUCAAAUCUUGUUAAACAUCAAAGAACUCCCACAGGGAAGAAGCCAUUUUCAUGUUCUAAGUGUGGGAAAUGUUUUAACCAUGCAAUCACAUCUUAUUAAACAUAAAAGAACUCGCACAUCUAUAUAUUAAUCAAGUACAUAGGAUAGUUGACAGUAAUACAUACUCAUAUAUAUUAAUAAAAUAUAUGCUUCAUCUCCAAACUUGUUAUUAAUU